AGAAGGGGAGGGCAGUAUUGAAUUAGAUUGUUGAUAGCGUCCCUCCGAGGACUGCUAUUAAGAGCACGCUAUUCUGUACUUCUCUGCUGCAGAAGACAGAGAGAUAUUCGUGUUGCCACAGCAUGUUGUAAAUGUAGGAGGUUUUGCUCAUCCCGGAUUGGAAAUAAAAAUAGGGAAAGGAGUGCAACUUGAAUCAGAAGCUACUAGAGGAGCGCACAGAGUUCUGCAGCAGUUUAUAUUUGCUCUGACAUUUUGCUUUCUUCUAACUGGAAAACAGAGGACCUGGCAUUUUUUAAAUGGGCUUUUCUCAUAAUGGCAUUCUUGUAUUGUGUGGCCAGAGCUUUCACAGGAGGAAAGCAGGCUGCUGAAUUUAGUCACUGAUCUCUAUUAGCUGUGGCCUAAGGCUAUGCUGAGGUUUAUAUCCCAUUUGUACUGUUGCAGCUCAAAAGAAGAAUGUUCAGAGGAUGACAAAUGUAUUCUGAGUAGAUCACUUGUGGAAGAGGAAGACCAGCACUUGAAACUGUGCCUUGGAAGUGAAAUGGGCCUCUCUUCCCAUUUGCAGUCUUGCAAGGCAGGAAGUACACGCAUCUUUACCAGCAACAGCCACAGUUCUGUGGUGUUACAGGGCUUUGACCAGCUUCGGCUUGAUGGAUUGCUUUGUGACGUGACACUGAUGCCAGGUGAUACGGAUGAUGCUUACCCUGUGCACAGAGUCAUGAUGGCAUCUGCUAGUGACUACUUCAAAGCUAUGUUCACAGGUGGAAUGAAAGAACAAGAGUUGAUGUGCAUUAAGCUUCAUGGCGUGAGCAGAGUGGGUCUAAGGAAAAUUAUUGAUUUCAUCUAUACUGCAAAGCUUUCUCUUAACAUGGACACCCUUCAAGACACACUGGAAGCCGCCAGCUUUCUUCAGAUUCUUCCGGUUUUAGACUUCUGCAAAGUAUUUCUCAUAUCUGGGGUCACUUUGGAUAAUUGUGUUGAAGUUGGACGGAUUGCCAACACCUACCAUCUGACAGAAGUGGAUAAAUAUGUCAACAGCUUCGUCUUAAAGAAUUUUGCUGCAUUACUGAGCACUGGGGAGUUCCUGAAGCUUCCCUUUGAGCGUCUUGCCUUUGUCCUGUCCAGCAACAGCCUUAAGCGCUGCACCGAACUUGACCUCUUCAAAGCUACCUGUCGCUGGCUUCGCCUGGAAGAACCUAGAAUGGACGUUGCUGCAAAACUAAUGAAGAACAUACGUUUUCCGCUGAUGACACCACAGGAGCUCAUUAAUUAUGUGCAAACCGUGGAUUUCAUGAGAACUGACAAUACUUGCGUCAAUUUGCUUCUGGAAGCCAGCAAUUACCAAAUGAUGCCAUUUAUGCAGCCAGUUAUGCAGUCAGACAGGACUGCCAUUCGGUCUGACACCACUCGUUUGGUUACACUCGGAGGAGUCCUGAGACAGCAGCUUGUCGUCAGUAAAGAAUUGCGCAUGUAUGAUGAAAAGACCCACGAGUGGAAAUCUCUAGCCCCCAUGGAUGCUCCAAGAUACCAGCAUGGCAUUGCUGUCAUCGGAAAUUUUCUCUACGUUGUUGGUGGGCAGAGUAAUUAUGACACAAAAGGAAAAACCGCUGUCGAUACAGUGUUUAGAUUUGAUCCUCGAUACAACAAAUGGAUCCAAGUUGCAUCUUUAAAUGAAAAGCGCACCUUCUUCCACCUAAGUGCCCUCAAAGGAUUUCUGUAUGCAGUUGGUGGACGAAAUGCAGCUGGAGAACUACCUACUGUGGAAUGUUAUAAUCCGAGAACAAAUGAAUGGACCUAUGUUGCCAAAAUGAAUGAACCUCACUAUGGCCAUGCUGGAACUGUGUAUGGAGGAGUGAUGUAUAUUUCAGGAGGAAUUACCCAUGACACUUUCCAAAAGGAGCUCAUGUGCUUCGACCCUGAUACUGACAAAUGGACCCAGAAGGCACCGAUGACCACUGUCCGAGGACUACACUGCAUGUGUACGGUGGGGGAUAGGCUCUAUGUCAUUGGUGGCAACCAUUUCCGAGGAACCAGUGAUUACGAUGAUGUCCUGAGCUGUGAAUACUACUCACCUAUCCUUGACCAGUGGACCCCAAUUGCUUCCAUGUUAAGAGGGCAGAGUGAUGUUGGGGUCGCUGUCUUUGAGAAUAAAAUCUAUGUGGUUGGUGGAUAUUCAUGGAAUAAUCGCUGUAUGGUAGAGAUAGUGCAGAAGUAUGAUCCAGAGAAAAAUGAAUGGCAUAAGGUUUUUGAUCUGCCAGAGUCUCUUGGUGGUAUUCGAGCUUGUACACUUACAGUUUAUCCACCUGAAGAAGCCACACCAUCACCUUCUAGAGAGUCCCCUCUUUCUGGACCCUAAGAUCAUCCUUACAAUUAAGAUGCUAUAUUCCUAUCUUUGCAAUGUGUCAUGAUUAUCUUCUUUUCCCCUCUUAAGUAGCAUAUAUGUUAGAAUUAGCCUUCAGUAAUUGAUACAGAAAAAAAAAUUGACAUUGAUGUUACUUGUGAUGUUUGUAUGGCCUAGAAUGUUUAUAAAGUGGUAACAAACCAUCCUUGAAAUAUAUCCCAUAGAAGCUGAUGUUUAACAUGAAAACAAAAAAAAGUAUUGUCUACAAAGUGUUUCUUCAGUCCUUUCUAAAUGCUGUGUACUGAGUGUAAGGUAUUCAUCAUCUUACAUUAUAAGCCAAGUUGAAGGUGGAUGAUAGUAAAUGUACAACUGUGCUCAUGAGGCUUCAAAGUAAAGAAGUUUUCCUUUCAUCUUUAACUGGAAGAUGUCAAAGGGAGGCAGCCUGCUCCAAUAGAUAACAAUACACAAAAGGUUGCCAACUCGCAUGAGCUACCUCCCUCUUUUCAUAAAGUAUUUUUGACACAUCUGUCAACCCACCUGACUGUGUGGGUGCAUUGAGAACACACCAAGUUUCUAAGACACACAGGAGAAAUAACUGAAAUUCACCAACACUAGUUUGUGGGGGAAAGCAUGACCCCUCUGCUUAUAAGAAUUGAUUUGGGGUUUUUUAAGUGUGUAUAGAUGAACACACACAUAUCAAAUAUAAAUUUUUAAAAAUUGAGUGUCUGGUCAAAUAAAUGUGAAAUUAAAAAAUUCUUCUAAAAAGCAGCUUCCAUGAAAAAUGGGGAUUCAGUAUGCAUAUAUUUCAAACCGUACUGAAUUUAGGUGGAUAAGGGCUAGAAAUUUUGAGCAACUAAAUUUAUCACUUGACCAAAUUUUAUCUUAAAGAAUUAUAUUCUCUUUUUCUCCUUUGCUGUUGAAGUAACUUACCUGUUCUGUGUAUUCUGUAUUCUGUACACUCUUGGUUCAUGAGGUUAUUUAGCACAAAGUGUAACAGUUUCGCCUGGGAAGCUGCUUUUGCUCUAUGAUGUCCAUGGUUUCCCUUCUUUUCUUCAAUAAAAACAUUUAAUGUCA